AUGUCAUCGAUGACUACUCUAAACCAAGCGAGGAAAUGUAUGAAAGAUCUGGAUCGAUUUAACGAGUCAAUGGGAUGGACUUUCAGGAACCUAGACGAUAGAGAAGACACUGGGCUCUACACGCCAAGUGACGAGAAAGAUACAUGUCGUACAGCGUUCGGUAACGUCGUCGAGAUCCCGAGCGACUUUGUUGCACCAGACAUCGCUGCUUCUAAGACAAGAACACGUCAUAAAUCGACUAGCAAGCCCUCUCAAUUUUACCGUAAACGAGCAACAGGCCUAACUCCAUCCUCGUCAGCGAAAACAUACCCUGUCGAUGAUCAGUUUGUAUGUGAUCAGCAGCCACCACUUCAAUCCAAGAAGCGAGGGCACAAGACAUCUAGCAAGCCAGCAAAGUUACAGACAAAGCCUGUUGACUAUGUCUACGACAUCAACGUACGGAGGAAACUUCGCGAACAAGUCGAUGCUGAUCGAAGAAAUAACUUACUAAAAGCCAAAGCUCGAGAAGCCGCGCUUCGAGCUGAGAACAAGUGGGUCUUCGACAAGCGCGACAAGUCUCCACCAAGAAGGCAGCAAGCGUGGCUGUCUAGUAGUCCAGGUAAACAAAUACCUAUCAAGAGCAUUAGCUCCUCCACACGCACAGAGUCAGCUUCGAGCAAGCGUCCCAGCAGUAGUUGCAGUUCCAGGUCGACCAGCACCUGCCACUCCCAGCGACAUCGUACCAGAGUUCCCUACACAGACGACACCGACGACGUCGAGAUCUCCAUCCAAGACUUCGAGCGACGCCUACAAACUCAAUGGAGUCUCCAUGUUGAGUAGCUUAACCUGUAUCAAUACACGUUGUCAAAAGAGG